UGUUUACAAUAAUGGAGCAGAGAGGAAGAAUGGAGCUGCUCGGGAUCAAUGAACUCUAUGGUGCCUUAUUUGAACAGACUGCCGGUGAUAAUGAAAGUUAGUGCAGGAGGACACCACGAGGCGCAGUGUCAUAGCACAAACAUGCAAAGCAGAUGUUGAAUGAGUUAUCACAAAAGUUGGUAGCUUCUGUUUCUGAAUUUACUGUACUCUACCAAGCACAAUACGCUCUUCCUGUUCCCUAACAAGCUGAGAGAAGGAGAGGGAAGUCAUCACAAUUACUGCUGGGGCAAACUGUGAAGAUCACUUCUCAGUGAUGACAAGUGCUCAAGUGCUGAAAAUGUCACCCGAAAAGUCUGUGUUUGCACCACAGCCUUCCCACAGGAUGGCAUCCAGGGUGUCCACAGUCCCCCAUGGUGUCUUUGGCCCUUUGCCGCCACCUCCAGCAGUUUGGCCUCCACUGGACUUCGCCUUGGGUGCUCUCGCCUGCUGCGCAGCCUGUGUGUUCACCAAUCCUCUGGAGGUGGUGAAGACUCGUCUGCAGCUCCAGGGGGAGCUUCGUGCUCGGGGAUCCUACCAGAGACACUACCGUGGGGUCCUGCAGGCGCUCUGGGUGGUGGGCCGCACGGAUGGCCUCCGGGGCUUGCAGAAGGGACUCUCAGUCGGGCUCAUCUACCAGGGUGUGAUGAACGGCGUGAGGCUUGGCUCGUACUCUUACUGUGAGGCUCUGGGUAUCACUUCUUUCCAUGGAGGGAGUCUGCUGUCAGGAGCAGGUGCUGGAGCUCUGGGUGCCUUCAUUGCUUCUCCUGCCUACCUGGUGAAGACUCAUCUGCAGGCUCAGACGGUGGCAGCCAUUGCAGUAGGUCACCAGCAUAACCAUCUGGGAGUAUCUGAUGCCUUUGUUACCAUCUAUAGAAAAGAAGGUUUAAUUGGUCUUUGGAGGGGUGUGAACGGGGCUGUGCCUCGAGUUAUGGUGGGAUCAGCUGCUCAGUUGGCAACCUUCACCUCGGCCAAGGACUGGGUUUCAUAUACUCAGUGGUUCAGUCCAAACAGCUGGCUUACAGUUUUGAUGGCUGCUGCAAUCAGUGGAGUUGCUGUGGCCAUUACCAUGACACCAUUUGAUGUCAUUAGUACACGGCUCUACAACCAGCCAGUGGAUGAGUGUCAUAGGGGGCGUCUGUACCAUGGAUUUUCAGAUUGUCUGCUGAAGGUGUGCAGAGCUGAGGGCCUGCUGGGGUUGUAUAAAGGCAUGGGCCCCGUGUUCCUGCGAUUGGCCCCACACACGGUGCUCAGCAUGCUGUUCUGGGAUCUGAUGAGGCAACAGGCAAUGAAGGACAAGCAGAGGUGAAACGCCAAGACUUGCACACCUCAUGUUCUGCUGUAGCUGUCAGAGGACUCCUUCAUUAAUGAAACACUGAAUUUAAAGCAAGUGCGGUUCAUUUUGGGAAAUAAAUGUAUUUACCUUUCUUCCAGAGAGUGAAAUGAGAGGAUUAAUAUAACUUUUUUAAUGGUUAAUAUGAAGCUAGAACUAGCAGCUGGUUAAUUAAAUUAUCCUAGUAAAAACAGCUAUUUUAACUUUGGCUAGGCAACAAAAUUCAUUUUGUAACCCUUCUGAAGCUUAAUAAUACCUUAUAAAAUGAUGGUUUAUUGUUUCUACACUUCUUAUUAAACAUAUAGGCCUAACGUGAAAUGUUAGUUGGUAAACUUUAGAGGUACUGAUAGCUGGUGCUAGCUCUGACAGACUAGCCGUUUCCCUCCAUUUUCAGUCUUCAUGUGUGCUGGUUGUUGCUUCAUAUUUAACUGACAGACACUGGGUGCCAUAUUGGACAUCUCAUCUUACUCUUUGCCAGAAAGCACCAUGAGAAGAAUGUCAAACUUACUGCUUUAAGUGGGAGUUCUUCUGUCCCAGCUAGCACAGGAAAUGAACACCGAAGCACUCAAGACAUGUUCCUAUAAAAAUGUCUGUAGUGUAUAAAUUUGUUGAUCAGGGUUUACAUUAUACCUCAAGCUUAAUUUAAAGCAGUCUUGUAGGAGUUCGCUUCUCAGCUCGUCAUUGUGGGUGCGGCCAACCUGAAGAACAAGUCUUUAUGCCUGUUUGCCAUGUGUUUUGCAGUUUAUUACACUGUCUAAAUGCCUUGUCUGUGUAUACAUAAAAACCUGAUGGGAUUUUCUUUUUUUUUUUUUUUUUAUAAGUUGACUGACUUGAAUUACCUGUAACUAAAACCAAGAAUGCCAUUUAUAAUUUAAAGUUUAUAUGUGCAGCAAUUCAACCUACUGGUACGUCAAACCCAUA